AUGCUUGCGGAUUCAGAGAUGGAUUCUUCACCAGUUGAUUUUGAUGAGGAGAAAAGCUAUUAUGGUGAAGAAGAUGGAGGUGGAAAGGUUUCGUUUAGAUUUACUGUUAAAAGUGCCAAGAAGAGAAAUUUGGACGAUUCGAAUAAGAGUGAAGAAUAUUCACCUUCUUUGAAGAAGGUUAAAAAACAAACUCCAACAGAAUCAUCUCCGAUUGGAAAUGGACAUUCUGAUGAUUAUGAAGGAGAUCAAGAGGAAACAUUUACAAUUCCUAAAAUGGAAGUAAAAUCAAGAAAGGAAACUAAAAAACAAUUGAAAAAGGAAAGUGAAAUUUUUGAGAAUGAAGAAACAAUCCAAACAUUUCAAGUUGAAAUUCCUGAAAGGGAAUGGAAAAGAAAUAUUAAUAGACAGUUUCAAUCUACCAUUCAACCAAUUAAUAAUUCCAUUCAAGAAUUAAAGCAACAAGUGAAAGAAACUAAACGAAACAUGUGGUCAAUUUCAACUCCUCUCUGGAUUUCAGUUCUCCUACUUUCAACCUUGAUCGCCAUUGAAUAUUCCAAGUUUCAACUCAUUUCGAAUAAUUCUCCAAUUCAACCAAAUGUUAUUAACAAUAGUCACACAACCACUCAAUCACCAUUAGAAACAAACAGAAACGAAAACAUUUCUACCUCUCCACAAGUUAAAACCUACCAAAUUCAAUUCAUUUCUGAAAAUGUUAGUUAUAUCACUAAAGAAUAUUUAGAAGAAAAAUUCAAGAAAUCUCUCGAACUUUCAAACAUUGAAUUUAAAUUCAAAAAGUUGAAUUCCCAAUCAGAAAUUAACCUCAAUGAAACAAGAAAUUCAUUCUUUCUUUUAAUUCAUCAAUCAACAAGAUUUCAUGACGAAGAAAGAGAAGCACUGUUAGAGACAUAUUUGAAAGAUAUUCCUGAUGAGAAAUGUGCAGUAAUUUUCAUUUGUUUGGCUGAUUUGAUUCGAUUGGGAAGAUAUCAAACCAUGGAGAGAGAUGUUUUCAGUGUCAAAUGGAACAGAAAUUUGGAAAGUAGUGGAAAGGAUGAAGAAACAAUUCAAAAGUUAAUUAACAAAAUUACAGCAGCCAAAGAUUGA